UUCAAGUUUCAACCCUUUCUUUUCCUCCUUUCUCUCCGAUUUGACAAUGGCUUCCUCAGCCGAAACUACCGAAACCUCCAAACCCUCAACCGAAACAACCGCAGAAAGCACCGCAAAAAGCACCAAGAUAAUCACUUUGAAAAUCUCAGACGAAGCGAUCUUUGAAGUGGAAGAUUCGGUGGCGAUGGAAAUAUUGGUGAUAGUUAAAUCAUUCUUGAAAGAUCAGUCUCCGUCAACCGAUAUUGUUCCUCUCGCGAAUAUAUUGGCCAAGCCAUUCUCACAGUUUAUUGAGUUCUGCAAGGAGCACGUCAUGUUUAAAGAAAACCCAGAUAAAGAAAAGCAGAAAAAAAUUAGUGAGUUUUUUCUUAAAGAAAAGAGUUAUGAAGAGUUGCUGGAUAUGAUCACUGUGGCUAAGUACUUAGAGGCUGAAGACUUGCUCGACCUACUUAGCCAGGCUGUUGCUGAUAGGAUUCAGAUCAAGAGUGUUGAAUAUAUGAGAAAGUUUUUUGGGAUUGAGAAUGACUUUACUCCUGAAGAAGAGGCAAAGCUAUGUGAAGAACGUUCUUAGGCUUUUGAGGACGUUGAUAAAGACUACUAAAGUUCGGUUCUUUAGAGGUUAAAGAUUUGCUUGAUGGAAGUGUUUUUAGUAGAAUUACUUUCACAUAUUUUUGUUUCCUUGGAAAAUUUUAUUGAUUUUGUACUUAAAUUUUGCUUUUGGUUUGGACAUAAAUAAGAAACUUCCAUGGAAGGAUUAAACGUGUA